GCGGAAAAACUCAGCAAACAGAAAAGCAACGAAAAAAUUCAAGGGAGAGAGAUUGCAUUUUGUCUGGAAAAAAUAUAAUUUGCAUUUUUCAGUGUUAAUACCCUUAAUCUCUGUGUGUUUGCCAAAGGAAAUUGCUGCAAAAAUGACUCCCUGGCUUGUACCAUUGGAAUCAAAUCCUGAGGUUCUCAACAAGUAUAUCUAUACGCUGGGAGUGUCGAAGAAAUGGAACAUUGUUGAUAUCUUUGGGCUAGAACCUGAAAUGCUGGAAUGGGUUCCCCAACCAGUAAGGGCUGUGAUCCUGCUCUUUCCCUGCUCAGAUGCUUAUGAAGCCCACCGUGCCAAGGAGAAUGCUGAACUUAAGGCUACUCCUCAGACAUAUCCAAGUGAUUUGUUCUACAUGCGACAGACAAUUCCAAAUGCCUGUGGCACAAUUGCUCUUGUCCACAGCAUCGCUAACAAUCCCGAUGUUGAGCUGGAGGAUGGUGGAGUUCUCACGAAGUAUCUCAAGGAAACUCGUGAGUUGACACCGGAGGAACGUGGUAGAAUUCUCGAGGAGAACAAAGAGUUCAUCGGAACCCACCAGGAAGUGGCUCAAGAAGGACAGACUGAAGCUCCAAAUCCAGAUGAGAAGAUCAUCCAUCACUUUGUGGCUUUUGUCAACAAAGACGGUGAACUCCUUGAGCUCGACGGUCGCAAGGAAUUCCCAGUGAAGCAUGGACCAACAUCAGCUGAAACUCUCCUUCAGGACGCAGCUAAGGUAUGCAAGAUCUUUAUGCAGCGCGAUCCUGAGGAGGUUCGCUUCAAUGUCAUUGCCUUAACUGCAACUCAGAAUUAACUCCUUCUGGGAGAGUCUCAUCCGUUUAUGGUUCUUUAUUUUGCUUUAAAUCUAAAUUAUGCGUCAUUUGAAUUGCUUUGAGGAAAUGGCACUAUAUCCAGAAGAUCCUGAUACAUUUCCAUGUGAAUUUUUGUAAAAGCCAGUGCUGAAAUUUCAUUUAAUAAUAUAUUUACUACACAGCUACCA